AGAAAGGGGGGCAGAGGCUCAUGCAAAGGGGCAUGACUUUCAUGAAAUCUCAUUGCUGGUGAGCACCAAGCACCCCGAUGUGACCAGAAAGAGACAAGCCAUCUUGGUAGCUCCCUUUUAAACAGAAGAAUGCAAAAAGACUUGAAAUUACAAAAUGUAGUUUCUUGUUCUUUGUGGGAUGGCCAAAGAGCACUAGGCCCUUAACCAUUGCUUGAAGGGGAAGGCCAGCAAAUUCACGUGUUUUUGUUUACUGUUGCAGCUGUGGUUUAUUCCUUCUCCCAUCUUCAGGCCUGGUUUGCCCUCUUGGUCCCUGUGCAUUUGCUGAGCUUCCAGCAGUGCAUGCUCUGGGACAGAAAGCGCUCAAGUAAUGGCCUCGUCACGUAACAUGCUCCAAGUUAUGUAAUCAAGUGCUUCACAGGGGCUUAAAACUGCCGGUGCACAGAGGAGAAAGCACUAAAUGAAAUGCCUGUGGAAGACAACAAUGAAUUAGGACAUCUAUUAAAUAUUUCAUCUCUUGAGUGUUCUCAAGCUCAGGAGCACCCCAAGCAGUGUAAAUCUGAGAAUUCAUGGUCUUAAAAUGAAGAAGUAAUGGAUGAGGAGACCAUUAUGAGCUCGCCGAUCUCUGAAUAUCCAUCCCUGCAUCACUGCUGAAGACGAACCUGACUGCAUCUCUGAAAGGAUUCCUCGGGCUCCCAUGUAUAACCUCCUCCUUAUUGGCAAACAUUAGAGAUGGCUAACAGAGGACCAAGCUAUGGCUUAAGCCGAGAAGUUCAGGAAAAGAUUGAACAAAAAUAUGACCCGGAAUUAGAGUCCAGGCUGGUGAACUGGAUUAUUGUACAGUGUGGAGAACAGAUAGAGCACCCUCCUCCUGGAAGGCAGCAUUUUCAGACCUGGUUGAUGGAUGGAACGCUGUUAUGCAAGUUAAUAAACAGUUUACAUCCAAAGGGAAAUGAGCCCAUUGCAAAGAUCUCUGAAUCAAAAAUGGCUUUCAAGCAGAUGGAACAAAUUUCCCAGUUCUUAAAAGCUGCUGAAAUCUACGGAGUAAGAACAACAGAUAUUUUCCAGACGGUGGAUUUGUGGGAAGGGAAGGAUAUGGCAGCAGUGCAGAGAACCUUAAUGGCCCUAGGCAGUUUGGCGGUCACCAAGGAUGAUGGAUGCUACAAAGGGGAUCCAUCCUGGUUUCACAGGAAAGCACAGCAGAAUCGACGAGGAUUUUCAGAAGAGCAGCUUCGUCAGGGACAGAACGUAAUAGGCCUUCAGAUGGGCAGCAACAAAGGAGCUUCACAGUCGGGUAUGACAGGCUAUGGCAUGCCAAGGCAGAUUAUCUAA